AGUCAGAACGAUUUUUCUUUAGAGGAAGACUAAAUUGUCGUUCCUUUUGUUGUUUACAUUGUUAAUUUUUUUUUCUAGAAGUUGAUACUGAUUUUAAACAUCAAGUGAGAGAUGAUUAUUAAUGAUAAACAAUCGAGAUAAGUGAGAUUUACUGAAAUCACUGGAAGAUAUUAUUUUAAUUAAGUGAACGGUAAUAAGGAAGAAGACUGGUUUUUUUUUACUUUACAACAAAUAAACCGCAAAUCUAUUAGUCAUUUUUGAAAAACGAGUAUGCAACCGGCAACACCCUCUGCACCAGUUCCUUAUGAUCAGAUUGAUUUAUUCGCUGAACCUCCGGCCUAUUCGACUUUACCACAAACACCCCCACCAUAUACACCAAGUGUUGGUCUAGAAAGUAGAGGAUCGAAACUAUAUUUUGCGGACUUUUGUCCUAAUGUUGUCUCCAAAACGAUUUUUCAACCAAGAAGAUAUGAAGAUUUAGAGAUGAUAUUGAAAAGAGUAAAUAACUGGCUAAAGAUGCACGAAGAUGUGAGAAUUGUUUCAUGCGAAAGUAUUACAUGGACUGGCUUAAAGUUUAAUAAGAUAGUUUCUGAUAAUUCGUCGUUUCUAACGAAUAUGUCAGCUGGUAAGAGAACAAAAUGUUUAAGAGGCUUAAGGCUUUGGUACUUAAGAAGCAUUUUUCCAAAUCGACAAAUGACGCCAGAAUCCUGUCAAUUGGAAAUUAAGACAUUUCUUCCCUUAAAACGUGAAACGUUAAACAAGCUUUUUCAUCGUGUCAAUGAUAUUAUCUCUUCGGAAGGCCUACCUGGAAGAAUUCUAAAUAUAGAAACAAUUUGGGCUAAACAAAGCGAAAGUGGAAAAUACAAGCCAAAUUUGGUUGAACCAAAUCUCAGUUAUUGGAAAGUUGCUCCGGAUGAAACUAAAACAAUUAUUAUUUGCCUUCGUCUACAUAUAUUGAAAAAUGAAAAUUUUGAAUAUCCAGAAUCAAUUGGUUAUCAAGACUUUUUACCAAAAUUUGGCUUUCAGCCACAAACAGAAAUCGAUAGCUACGAUACUUUCCGGGAAACUUUUGAGGAGGCUGCGAAAUGGAUGGCUCAACAGCAAGGUGUCAAAUUUGUCAAUGUUCAAAGCAUGCCAGUUAAGAUGAAAAAGAGAGGAGCUUUUGAAGAAAGGUGUAAAUUUACAGAACAUUUGUGCGCAACGGACAGAAUGAAUGUCUUAAAGGGUUUUAAUAGAACAACUCAUUAUCUGAGAAUAGUUAGAUUAUUCUAUACAGUUCCAAGAACUAGUGAUAUAAGUUAUUCGCCCCCAAUGGCUAGUAUUACUUUUCGGACUUUUACUCCACUUCAAGUGGUUGCAGCCAGCUCAAGGCAACCACCUCAAUUUGAGAAUACGAGACAAGUUGUUGAAAGAAUUAAUAACUGGUUAGGUAUGACAGGUGCCAGAAUAUUCCAUGUUGAAACUGUUGCUGUUAAAAGUCAAGGUAUUGGCAGCGAUGAAACAUAUUUUCAAAGAAAUUCCAAUAACCCAGGUCGAGAAAGAUGGCUUUAUCAUAUACGGCUCUAUUUAGAUGGUGAAUAUACAGAGCAUCAUGGAGCUAUAGCUGUAAUAAAUCCAACUGGAAAUAUCGUUCCAUCUAUAUAAAAAUGCAUAAUAUAUAUGUACUGUGUAUAUAUAUUUUACACAAAAUUUAUUGUACUAUUUCUAGUCAAAGGAAUGCUAAUCCAUUUAGUUAUUCGAUAUGUUAUACUUAUGAAUAUUUCCUGCACUUAUCAUUUUCUGUAGAAGUGCUUUUAUAAUAACUAUUACUUUUCUCUCAUUUCUCUUUUUUGAUCUGUUCAAGUAUUAGUUUCAUUGUAUUAUUAUGUAUUUUUUACUUUUCUCUGGUUUAUGAGUUUUGUUUUUUUCAUUUUGUUAUUUUUUUACCGCUAAUCCUUUUUCUUUAGGAUUAAUAUUUAUCUUUUAUUAUCCAAAGCAUUUUCCCAAAUUCUAGAUUCUACUUACCUUUUCCCAAUGAUAGAGACGGCAAGAAAAUUUAGAUUUUACAAUUAAAAAACUAUGUUUACAUAUUUUGUUUUAUUAUCACAAUUUUAUUCCUGCAUUUAUUUAGUUUCAUUCUUGAUGUCGAUUUUUAUGAAUACUCAUUAGCAUGUUUUAUAUUGCUUUUAUUAUUAUAAUUUCUUGCCUCAUCUAACCCUUUUAAAUGACUAUCAACCUCAUCUGCUUUAUUUUUUAAACCUAUUACUCUGAAAAGACUUAAUCUUUCAUCCCAUUUAGCUUCUUCUACUUACCCCUCCUCUUUUUUUUUUCUAUAGUACUGUUCUCCUCCCUCUCUCUCUCCUCCUCCUCCCCCCCACAAUGCUUUUAACAAUGAUAAUAAUAGAAUGUGCAUUAUUGUUCUUUACUGAGAGAAAACUUUACCUAAAAUUUUUUAUAUUUUAUUAUUCUAUUGGUGUUUUUUAUCAAUUUGCUUUUUUUACACAUUGGUUUAGACAACUAUGAACUUGCACCUUCAUGCAAGAUAUUUCUAUUGACUUGUUUACGUAGGUUGCUUUUUCUAGUAUUAGUUUUAUUUUCUGUGUAAUAAAAAUACAAAUAAAGAACCUUUGAUAUACAGUAUAAACUAAUAUGUUUUGAUGUUUGUCCUUAGCUCUUUAUAUAUAAUUGCAAAAAUUGUAACAAUUGAAUAAAAUAAUAAAUUGAAUGAUUGAAAGAAAGGAAGAUAGACUAGGAAAUGAGAGCUAUUAAAGAAUCUAAAAGAUUGAGAGACUUCAAUACAUUUAGUGACGUGUAGCGACGCGUAAAUAUUGUUCAUGCUUGCCUGAAAGAGUAUAAACUGAUCGAGACUUUAGAAAUGAUUGGAUUUUGUUGAAUAAUAAUGCAGUUUGAUUGUUGAAAGUAAUUAUUUUACUAUAAAUCGUACGCAUGGUUUCCCUGCAAUUUUGAUGCUUAGAACGGACGACAUAUGUUGAACAGAGAAAAAGAUGUUCAUUACUUAAAAAUUUCACACAUUCUUAGAGGGUCAAGCGUGAAAAAUUUUACUAAUUUAAAGCGGAAGUUAACCUAUUAGUCGAAUUAGAUGGGAUAACAAUUCGGAUUCCAAUCGUAUCCUAGAAAGCUCCAAUAGCGUGUAGCUUCGCUCCCGCAAAGCCCAACAGGUGCGAAUUAGGAAUGCGUAGUCAAGGAGAUCAAAUGUUGUCGAUUGCAGAAUGUGGCCCCUGUAUGUUGCAGUCUGUUCAUAUCCAUUGUUGAACACUUCAUUGAAAGUGGAGCGACAACCAACUCUUGAGUAUGUUCCACUUCUUACAAGAGAAGUUCGUGUCGGCGAUAUUAAAGGAACAGAUAUAGUUAUUGCGAACAAAUAAUAAUAAUAACGAUAAUAAGAUCAUCUAUACAUAGAGUAAAGGCUAAACUAAAUAUGCCAUUUCCUAUUUUUUUUGAAUAAGCCUAUAAAUAAAUAAAACACCUGCGUGUCCAAUUCUUCAUCUUUUUACAAUCCUAUCGCCUCUUUUCAUGGCUAGAAAGAAAAAAAGUAAAUUUUUCGGGUGUAUCCGCAUCUGCUCGCAGGUGCGCGAUUAUAUAUCAAUUGGUGGUGGAGACCUUGGCUGCUUUAUUACGCGUCUCUUUUCAAUAGGCCAUUUCCUUGCACCUUUAAUAGUCUUAUUUAUAUUUU